AUGGAUAAACCAGAUUACGAAGCACGUAUAGCGUUCAGCGCCAGAAUACAAAACGACCGAACAAUCAACAACAUGCUCAGUGAAAAGAUCGCCUUUGAUGACGUAAAGCUGGACAUUGGGUUAUCUUACUCGACGUCUGGAAUCUUCACCUGUUCUGUGACUGGUAUCUAUGUCUUCACGUGGUCCACAGAGGUCAGUUAUGCCCAUAGUCUCUCGACAAAACUACUGGUCAAUGGACUGGAACGGGACCGGCUAUAUGUGCAGGGUUCAGUGAAUAACCGGAACAUCGACUCCGCUACGUGCUUUAAAGAUAUAAUCAGGUCGGCACAUCGAAAGGGGCGAAGAACACAUGAGCAAGACAGUCAACCUGUGAAUCCUCAUUUUGAGAAAUUCAGAUCAGCAAUUCCGCAAUCACACAUACCAGGGGUAAAGGGAGAAAAUGGUGAACCUGGACUCAAAGGAGAUGCUGGUAUGCCUGGUUUUAACGGAGACGAUGGAUUGGACGGACAAAAGGGAGAAAAGGGUGAACCUGGAUUCAAAGGAGAUGCUGGAAUGUCUGGUUUCAAUGGGGACGAUGGAUUGGACGGCCAAAAGGGAGAAAAGGGUGAUCCUGGAUUUAAAGGAGAAGACGGUAUGCCUGGUUUUAACGGAGACGAUGGAAUAGACGGCCAGAAGGGAGAAAAGGGCGAUCCUGGACUUAAAGGAGAAGCCGGUAUGUCUGGUUUUAAUGGUGACGAUGGAAUAGACGGUCAAAAAGGAGAAAGAGGUCAAACUGGCAAUGCUGGAAUUCCAGGACAGAAAGGAAUCACAGGAAAACCUGGACCAAUGGGGUCAAAAGGGAAUAAAGGAACGUCUGGAUCAAUGGGACCGAAAGGGGAUAUAGGAGUUUCUGGCCCAGCUGGACAGAUAGGUUUGUCUGGGCCUGUAGGGCCAAAAGGGGAUAAAGGAAUACCUGGCCAAGUUGGACGAAUAGGGUUGUCUGGGCCUGUAGGACCAAGAGGGAAUCCGGGGAUAACUGGGCAAAUAGGACCAAAAGGGAAUAUAGGACUACCUGGACCAGCAGGAGAAACAGGCGAUAAAGGCAUGCGUGGACCAAUGGGACCAAAGGGGGUUAUGGGAAUACCCGGUCCAGCAGGGCAGAAAGGCGAUAUUGGGGCAUCCGGAACACAGGGACCUAAAGGGUUCAUAGGUCAAAAGGGACCGAAAGGGGAUGUAUGCCGUCCAGAAGCACGUAUAGCGUUCAGCGCCAGAAUACAAAACGACCGAACAAUCAACAACAUGCUCAGUGAAAAGAUCGCUUUUGAUGACGUAAAGCUGAACAUUGGAUCAGCCUACUCGACGUCUGGAAUCUUCACCUGUUCUGUGACUGUGUUAACAGAUAAAAGACUGUCAUGA